AUGCUAAAUGUCAGGUCUGGAUGCCGUGGCUGUGCUUUCAGGACAGCAGCAAUGAAGCACUGUUUUUACAAUGAGACUGUGGGGUUCUUCUACAACAACAGCCGCAAAGAACUGACCACGUACUGGAGGACGAAGGAUGUCCUAGUGGUUGCCUUGGGCCUGACAGUGAGCGUCAUUGUGCUCCUGACCAACCUGCUGGUCAUCACCGCUAUCAUCAUCAACCGGCGUUUCCACUACCCCAUCUACUACCUGUUGGGGAACUUGGCGGCUGCUGAUCUGUUUGCUGGCAUCGCGUACAUGUUUCUCAUGUUCCACACGGGGCCCAGGACAGCAGAGCUCUCCUUGAAGACCUGGUUCAUCCGCCAGAGCCUGCUGGACACCAGCUUGACAGCCUCUGUGGUGAACCUGCUGGCAAUUGCUGUAGAAAGGCACCAGACUGUUUUCACUAUGCAGUUACACAGCAAAAUGUCCAACCAGCGUGUGAUGAUCCUCAUCUUCUGUAUCUGGGUCACGGCCCUGCUUCUGGGGCUUAUCCCGUCCUAUGGCUGGCACUGCCUUUGUGCCCUGGAGAAGUGCUCCAGCAUGGCACCGCUCUACAGCAGGAGCUACCUGACCUUCUGGGCCAUCUCCAACCUGGUCAUCUUCCUGAUCAUGGUGGUUGUGUACACGCAUAUCUUCAUCUAUGUCAAAAGGAAGAUGACACGGAUGUCCAAGCACACUAGCUUCCAUCCCCGCUACAAGGAGACCAUGAUCAGCCUUGUCAAGACGGUAACUAUUAUCCUAAGUGCUUUUGUCAUCUGCUGGACCCCAGGACAAGUCGUGCUCCUCCUGGAUGGCUUGGGCUGCAAGAGCUGCAAUGUUCUAGCGGUGGAGAAAUAUGUCCUUUUGCUGGCAGAGAUCAACUCGUUGAUAAACGCUAUCGUCUACUCUUACAGGGACAACGAGAUGCGUAGCACCUUCCGGAGGAUCCUCUGCUUUGUCUGUUACAGGAAUUCCAAAUACACCCCCACGGUGGUGAAGCUAAACACCACAGACCGCAGAACGCUUUCGCAGAAUGGGCACUUUACUGUGGAUUCCUCUAUUUAG